AUGCAACUGAUCCUGCUUGAUGCCCUCGACUCGAAUGUCGUUGGAGGGAUGCCGUCAAACUGGGCCGCGGGGUUGGCUGGGGAGGCGCCAGGGGACACGUGUCGACAGGCUGCAGCCAGGACGCCGAAUCCCCCGACGCCGAGAGGGGACGGCGCCCCGUUGGGGUCUCCCGGAGGAAGGGGCGCUAAGGGGAGGUGGAAGUCGAUGGCGGCGGGCCGGGAGCCGUUGGAUGCGAAGAAGCGACGGAAGCAGGAGAGCAACCGCGCGGCUCAGCAGAGGUUCCGGGCCAGGAAGGUGGAGCUGGAGGAGGCCCAGAAGAGGCGUCGGGAGGAGCUGAGAAAGCAACUCCACAAGCUGCAGAUGCAGUCUGCCGUUUUGAGGAAUGAAAACGAGGUCCUGAGGGUACUGCUGGAGCUGCCAAACGUUGGUCAGAAAUCCAAGGGUCCAGGGCUCCACACGCCAGAGGUAACGGCCUGA